AUUAUAUGCUGCGGCACUCAUUCAAAAAUCCUGCUCCUGUUGAAACACAGCAAGAGGACUCUGACAGAAGAUGUGGUGGCUUGUUGCCAUUGCUUGCCUAAUACAAGCAACUGGAGGCUCAGACGAACUGAGUAGGAGGAGAAGAGAUGCAAAUCCUGAAGUUCACAUGAAUGUCAGUGAGCUGAUCUGUUACAAAGGAUACCCCAGUGAAACGUACGAAGUCUUAACAGAUGAUGGCUAUUAUUUGACAAUAAACAGAAUACCCUUUGGAAGAAAAAAUCUUACAGUCAGAGGUCCCAAGCCUGUUGUGUUACUGCAACAUGGAAUGCUUGCUGAAGCUAGUUUCUGGGUCGAAAAUAUGGCCAACAACAGCUUCGGAUUCAUAUUAGCAGACGCCGGCUAUGAUGUUUGGCUGGGGAACAACAGAGGAUCGAGCUGGUCUCAGAGAAACGAGCAUUUUUCAGCUGACCAAGAUGAAUUUUGGGAUUUCAGUUUCCAUGAAAUGGCCAUCUAUGAUCUUCCAGCAACGAUCAACUUCAUUCUGAAGAAAACUGGGCAGAAGCAACUGUAUUACGUAGGCUAUUCUCAAGGCGCUACCAUUGGUUUCAUUGCAUUUUCAGUCAUACCAGAACUCUCUCAGAAAGUCAAUAUGUUUUUUGCCCUGGCUCCUGUAAUUUCUCUGCAGUAUGCAACAAGCCCUUUUGUGAAACUGAGCUCCAUAUUUCCUGAAUACUCUUCCAAGAGCACACUUGUCAGAGGAGAAUUUGUGUUGUCUCGCAAGCCUGCGAGAGACUUUAUGCAGAAAUUAUGCCGCGCAUCUUUUAUGCAGAAAUUAUGUGUGCGUCUCAUGUUCACUCUUUCGGGUGGAUUCAAUGAAACAAAUCUAAAUAUGAGCCGUGCAGAUGUGUAUACAGCUCAUUACCCAGAUUCAACAUCAUCUAAAAACUUACUGCACUGGAUACAGAUAAAAGAUUCAGGGUUAUUCAGAUAUUUUGACUACAGGAAUGAUAAUGAGGCAAGAUAUAACCAGAGUGUUCCACCUUUGUAUAAAAUAGAAGACAUGAGUGUACCAACUGCAGUGUGGUCUGCUGGAAAUGACUUGGUUGCAAGCCCAGGAAAUAUAGCCGUCCUACUUCCUCGCAUCUCUAACCUAGUUUACUACGAAAAUAUUUCAUACUGGAACCACUGGGAUUUCGUCUGGGGCCUCAAUGCCCCCAAACUGGUGUAUUCCAAAAUCAUAGAGUGGAUGGGGAAGUCUCUGUAAAUCAAUAUUUUGGUAUAAUAGAUUUAAUUCACUAUCUUUUAUUAACCAUUCUUUCUUUUACACCUGUCACAACAAACCCUGUGCCCUGCUAACGUGAAGAGCCGUUCUAGGCCACUGAAACCCAGAGUUUGCUUGAGUUGAAACGGUGAGCAAAAAGAGAGUUUGAAGGCUUCACCUCAAGGACUGUAAAUUAUUUGAUGUGUUAAUGCGAAUGGAAGUCGUUAAAAUUGCAGCUGCAGUAUAAGGGUUUGUUAUUAUGACUGGUGUGUCAUUGGAAUUUAUAAAGUUUUUGGAAUGCAGAGUUUAAGUAAAUUAUCAAAUCAUCAAUUCUAGCAUGCCAGGAGCCAACAAAAUAAUAUAAUUUGGCAUCUGAACAAUUGGCAUUAUUAAUUGUAUUACAAUUUGGUAUUAUAAUUUGAUAUUGACAAUGAGGCUUUUAUUGGGUUAUUGUAAUUGAAAACUUAUAAAAAUUAUUACACAGAGAAUCAAUCCCUCUGCCCACAUAACUGUGAGGUGAAUAGGAGCUGGGGCCUGUCUUGUGACAUUUCACUAAACAGAGACAACUACCAUUGAAUUAUCACUAAGGACAUAGCAUGAGAGGUAGAGGAUAUCCAGUGAGUGAACUAGUUCAGAGAAAUCCCACUGAUUUAGUAAUAUCUUUUGACUUUGCUCAGCAGACACCUCCCUUUGCAUGGACAGGCAGAGUUCCCCAAACCCCAGGCGACCC